UAAACAAAAGUGUUUCUGUUAUCACUCAAAUUGAAAAAAUAUUUUCAGUUUCUUUCUACCUAUUUGUUCCGACUUUUUUCUUUUAUUAUACAAUUAUUAAUCAUUUGAGACUAGUUACGUUAGAUUUUAAUGAAAUGGGUGAUAUUCAUAGACACGUGAUUACUCGAUUACGAUAUCAACAUAACUUGGGUUACAAGUCGAUCAGAAAACUGUAUCAACAGAUGUAUCCUGGCGAAAGAGUACCAGCAGUUUCUACCAUUCGAAAUAUUAUAGAAAAAGCCGAAGAAUUGGACACUUAUGAAGACUUACGACACUACAAUAAAGGAAGAAUGAAGGAAGAUCAACACUUCGCCGUCAUACAAGCUGUCAUAGAACAACCAACCAUCAGUAUACGACAAAUUGAAGCUACCUAUAACGUACCAAAAUCGUCAGCGAUUAAUAUUUUAAAACGAUAUGGAUUCAAAUCUUACAAAUGUCACGAUAUACCUCACUAUAGAGAACAACACAUGGAAAACAGUCAAGAUCACAUGCAUUUUUUAGCAGGCAACGCCACUGAAACUCCUGCAAAACCUCGAGCACCUAAUAAGCAGAAUGAUAGAAUAUGGGCGUUGGAACAUCCACGACUUAUAAAUAAGCUUCCUCGUAAAAUCAACGGUACUCCCAAAGUCAUCUCAAAACCGUCUCGAAUUUCACCUAUAGUGAAAAAAAUAAUCGACUCUACGUCGAAAUGAUACUCAAAAAUGUUGGUUCAGCUCAGAUAUUUUUUGGAAAAGUUAUUCGAUAAGCGGAUAAGCGCUUCGGCAAAUUCUGUCUGAUGCUGAUCUCUAUUCUCCGGUGUCAUUUUGAAAAUGAACUCGAUCAAUUUUGAAGUCGGUUUGUUCAUUUUCCAACCACUUUAAACUUUUUCGGAACGAAGUGAACGAUUCGUUCUUUAUGGCUGUUUUAAAUUACGAUGUAUUUUUGCUGUAUUACCUACUUAUUUUUAAAACAUAUGUUUAUUGUUUAGGUUGAAUUGUUUGUUUAAAAACCUCAAGAAGAUACUGAAAUAAGUAAAAUUUUGAGUUUUGUUUCCUAUUUUUUGUUUUCGUUUUUUCAACAAAGAUACAAGAUUUCAUUCGUUCGUGUGUUCUAAUGCAUUAUCAAUAUUGAACUGGUUUUGUUGACAAAUAAUUGAUUAAUAAAAGUGAAUCUUGUGUUUGUUCUCUAA